CUAAAUCAGUCGCUGCCGUUAACACACCGCUUAUUGUUAAUUAGAUAAUAAGUCAAUUGCAUGCUUUAUUCGAGCGCCGAUUUUUGCAUUGGGUUACCAAUAAGCAAUUUCUUACGAUAAUACAUUGUGGCUAAAAGACUAACAGCAACAACAAUACCGGCUGCGACAGCACGGGAGAAGGAAAGCGGCCGUCAACGAAUGUGGAGCCGAAAGUGUGAGUUGGGGUUAAAAUUCUCCGUGAGGACAAAAUUGACAAUAUAUUGGCGCAAGAACCGGAAUCCGCGGCAGUGAAAAUAUUUUCAGAAGACGGCAGGCGGAACAAAAAGGACGUGCGCGUGAGUGAGUGAAAGGACGUAGAAGGAUAUAAUAUUAGCAAAGCCGGUUGCUACGCUCACGUCUAUGCGCUGCGAAAGCGAUCCGUCCACCAUCAGCACACCACCACCACGACUGCUGAUUGUCCCUCAGAGGCAAUGGCUGAGCGCAUUCAUUCCACCAGCCAUCCACUGGCCACGCACAUCGCCUACGACGCCUUUGUAGCGGCAACAAAGAAGGUCCACAUUGCCGGCAACUCCAGUCCCAAACUGGCUGCCCAGCAACAACAACAAACCAUCCAGAGCGGUAGCAGUGGUGUUCACUCCUGGAACAGUGCCCGGCAGGAGGAGCAGCCAUUGCCAGUGCGAGCCUAUCAGUCCGGCAGCACAAAAGCCGUUUUUGUUGGCGGCAAACAGCAGGCAACUCACGUAGGACUGCAGCCUACCAAUAACAACAAUAGCAAUAGCAACAACAACAAUAAUAGCACGACUGGCAGAGCGGGUAGGAAUCCGGCAUUGUUGUUGGAUCAGUUAACGGGUCUGCCGUCGAAACAAAAGCCGCGCAACAAAAACGAUGAGGCAAUAAAGGAUCUAUUGCAACGCAUACCCGACAUCGAUCGCAUCUUUAAUGUGCAUAGCCGGAUCGGUAAUGGCACCUUCAGCACCGUCCUUUUGGCCACCCUUAAGAAGGAGGGUCGCAUGCCGGAGGCGGCGAGACGCAAAUUUGCGAUCAAACAUCAUAUACCCACCAGUCAUCCUGAUCGGAUUAUGAAAGAGCUGCAAUGCAUGACCAGAAUGGGUGGAACUGACAACGUCGUUGGCAUCAAUUGUUGCCUGCGCUGCAAUUCUUCGGCCGCCUUCGUGAUGCCGUACAUGCCGCACGACCGAUUCCACGAUUUCUACACCAAAAUGGACGUUGACGAGAUCCGACUGUACAUGCGAAAUCUGUUGAUCGCGCUGCGUCACGUCCACAAAUUCAACAUAAUACAUCGGGAUGUGAAGCCGAGCAAUUUCCUCUAUAAUCGACGUCAGGGCCAAUUCUUGUUGGUCGAUUUCGGACUGGCUCAGUAUGUGCCGUCAUCGUCGAUGGAACAGAAUAAAGCAGCGGCUGGAAGGUUAGCUGCGACUGCGGCUGCCACUGGAAGCUACAAACGUCCGCACGAUCCGGACAGCUUAAAAAUUGCGGGCGGCGAUCAGGUGGCUAUUGUGGAACAGCCGCCGACGAAUGUGGUGGUGGAGGGCGUCAAGCGGCCGCGCCUGCUGGAGGAGGGCGCCACCAAAAUGCCGCUGAAGCCCAUCAAUGAAAAAGCUCAGGGCACGAGGAGCGCAGACGCUCUGGAAGUCGUCAGUGCUAAGCCGAAUGCGGCGGCAGAGGUGCAGGCCACACUCCAAACAGCAGCCGAGGGGCAAGCACAGCCACCCGUUCCCGCCAACAACAAUCACAAAUACAACACCAGUCGGAACAACGGCGGCGGCGCUACCACAAAAUGCUAUUGCUUCGCCAAUCCGAGCGUCUGCCUCAGCUGUCUGAUGAAGAAGGAAAUGCAUGCCUCCCGGGCCGGCACCCCCGGCUAUCGUCCGCCGGAGGUGCUGCUGAAAUAUGCCGAUCAGACCACAGCAGUCGAUAUUUGGGCCGCCGGCGUUAUUUUUAUUUCCAUACUCUCACAGGUUUAUCCGUUUUUCAAAGCCCCCAAUGACUUUAUGGCGCUGGCCGAGAUCGUCACAGUAUUUGGAGAUCGAGCCAUACGGAAAACGGCGGCCACCCUUGAUCGCACCUGCACGCUCAGCCAACGAGCGCGACCGCUAAAUUUGCGAAAAGUUUGCCUCCGUUUCCGCUAUCGUUCCAUCUUCAGCGAUCCGGAAAUGGUAUGCAAGCACGAGACAAUCAAUGGCGAGUGCCAGCUUUGCCGGAAUUGUGAUCAGUACUUCUUCAAUUGCCUCUGUGAGGACAGCGUCUAUGCGGAGGAACCACUCGAUCCCUACGAAUGCUAUCCGGCCAGCGCCUACGAUCUCCUGAAGCGUCUGCUCGAAGUAAACCCGCACAAUCGGAUAACGGCCGAAGAAGCACUCCGACAUCCCUUUUUCACCGAGGUUGAGAAAGCCACAACCACCACCAGCAACGCUACAAGGCAGCCCGGCGUGAUGUCACCACGCAAGCGAUCCACCUUAAACGCUGCCCACCAGCCGGCACAGUCGCCACCACUGUCGCCACGUAAACGCCACACCAUGGCGGUGGCAGCACAAAAAAUGCGACCACAAUCCCCCGGAAAUACCAAAGCAAACACGAGACCAAUAACCGUAGUCGGAGUCGCUCCACAACGUCCUGUGGCCAACAAAUUGUGAAAGUCUAGUCUUAUCAUCCAGCCAUGUUUCAUCCUUAUAGCUGUACCUACAUACAUACAUAUAUUAAUAAUUCGUCCUGUACAUAAAAACACACACCCACAUACACAUCAUUACUGCCCAGUUAUCACCCAAUGCAUAUCCUACGAAGGAGAAAGAGAUAGAGAGAGGUGGGGAGAGAGAGAAGAGCCGCAAAAUGACGAUCGACGAAGUCUGAGUGAAAUCCGUGAGAGAAAUCCGUACAACGUGCGCAAUAUGUAUAUUAUAAAAAAAAUAUUAAUUAAAUAUAAAGUUUGUUUAAAUUUAGAAUAAAGACUUAUUAUGUAUGCCUAUCA